AUGGCGGAAGGAGGUGUGGAACCGGUAAGUGCUAAAACAGUCUGCAUAUCACAACUUUCCGGGCUUAUGCUUUGUGUGUAACAAUUGUUGAAUAUAUUCUUCCCAAUGUAAAUGAAAGGAUCCUGAAGUAGAAACACAGAUUUUAUUCAAGAAACGCCUUUUCUCCGCAAAAGGUAAGCAAAUAAAUGUUAAGGUGCGGACGCCCAAGGGAAAUUUCAGCUCGUAAGCAAGAAGUAAAUUUUCCCUUUUUUAUCGAAUUGUCGUUUUCAAUGUUGCCUUAUAUGAUGGUAGUACUUAGCCGCUGUUUUAUUUCAUAGAUUCAGGUAGCGAAAUAGAAGAAUUGACAGAACAGAUUAGUUUGCUGAAAACACCUUCGAAGGAAGAAGGUAAGAUGUCUCUUCCAGCGUAUUAUAGCUUAAUAGUUUGACUUUCUCUUAGUGUUGUUAUUCAAGCGCAUUGAUAGGGAAUUGUCUCCGUCUGUAAUCCGCUAAAAUUAUAAAAAUUAUGUUUUUUAGCUCUACCUGGAACAGCUGAAUCGAGCAAACGAGAUUUGACACCAAAGUCAAAGGAAGCCCCGCAACCUAGAAAGAAACAGAUUAGUUUGCUGAAAACACCGUCGAAGGAAGAAGGUAAGAUGUCACUUCCAGCUUAUUAUAGCUUAAUAGUUUGACUUUCUCUUAGUGUUGUUAUUCAAGCGCAUUGAUAGGGAAUUGUCUCCGUCUGUAAUCCGCUAAAAUUAUAAAAAUUGUGUUUUUUUUAGCUCUACCAGGAACAGCUGAAUCGAGCAAACGAGAUUUCACACCAAAGUCAAAGGAAGCCCCGCAACCUAGAAAGAAGCACAGCAAAUUGUUUGGUAAUUUUCAAGUAACUUCUUUUUAAUGCAGUAUGAGUUAUCAUGAUGUAAAAAGAAUAUUAAUUUUUUUUUCUCAACUUUUGCACGUUAAAUUGUGAAAAGCAACCUGUUGGUUAUAUUUUAUUACCACUAGACUUCUCCUGUUUAUAGUUUACUUCUCCUGAAGCAUGAGCUCCAAGCCUCUUGCUUCGUUUGUUUUACUUACACACAAUGUAGUGAUGUUUUUGGUGUUUUUUUUAAUAAGAAUAUUUUUUGCAUAAACUAAGGUUGUGAACAGCAAAUUUUGCAUUCCCUGAAAUUGCUUCUAAAGCCUGCAGCUGGAUCCCAGCUUCUCUGUCAGGAGGUGUGCAGCAUGAUAGAAAAGAUGUGCGGCAUGGAGGUCAAUGUAAGAACAGUGACGUACCUACUGGAAAAAGCAUUUAUGGAGGCAGACCCUCCUGUAGAAAGAAAACGGAUUAAAAUGGCAGGAAAAGGCACAAGGAGUAAUGUGUAUCCUUGA